UUUUUAUUCAAGUAUUUCUUUAAACCAAUACUUAACAUUUACUGCAAAACUCUGGUCGAUUGGUGUACUUAGCACUAGCAGAAUGUGGUAAAAUUUUUUGGGAUUGGCAAUAUAAGCGUAUCUAAAUGUUGGCAGUAUUGUCUGAAUCGUAUGUGGAAAACAUUAUUUCGUUGCAGAAGCUGCAACGAGUGGGUAUUUAUUCAUUUCUUGGAAAAUACGUAUAAGAGAUCCGAGACAUCAUUCGCAACGUUUGCAGAGUCGUGGUGUGUGUAACAGGAGCACAGAGAAAUGGGUGGCAUAUUCAGUUCUAAGGUUGACGUCGCAGCUAUUGAAGCAGUAGAAUUCAAUGUGAGCAGUUUGAUAAUUCGAUUGGGCGAAGAAGAAGUAAGAAUUGACGACUGCGUUAAAAACCGAAUUUCUAAGGCUCUAUUGUUCUAUUCCAACGUUAUAGAAAAAGAGAAAAGGAAAGGUUACAUAUCAAAACAUAAAAUGCGGAAAAUGAACGAGCUAAUUUCCCAAGCCAAAAGUAAAUUAAACUGUAUAUCAACCAUACGACGUACGUACGAAAACACAGAUGGAAAAUUGCCGUAUCAAAUGAAAAGCGAAUUGUUUGAGAUAGAAAAACAACUAAAUACCAGCAGAAUAGGAGAUGAGGAAUGUAGAAAUCUUAUUUACACUGUUAUAACGUAUUUGCAAAAUUUGGAAUUUCAUUCUAAAGUCACGCAAGACCAAGAUGAUAAUUUUUCCUUGUUGGUGCUGAAGUUGUUUCUAAAAUCUCCACUGGUCAAAACUGUAAACGUCUUACAACAUACUCUUUACAAUCUACAGGGAGCUACCCAACAUUUUGACAUAUUGGGUGCGAAUAGUGUUACAGUUUUUAAUGCUGAAGAAGUUAAGAAACAUUUACAAGAAAUUAAAGAAAAAGCCGAGACUUUAAAUCAACUAGUGCAAAAUUUGGAACAGGAAGUUAAAUCAAAGGGAAUAAGUCCAGGGAAGCAAGAAUACCACAGAUCAAACACGUAUGCUUCUAAACUUGCCAACACAACGCCCUCAAGGUUGGAGCAUGAAGAAAGUGAAAGUGGCACUUUGGUCUCCAGAUAUGAAAAUCUACUGAAACAAGUGGAGAUUGAUUUAUAUGAGUUCGACACUGUCGUGGACAAAUUUUGUUCUCCCAUUGGUGAAGCUGCUGUUGAAAAUGUCAAGCGAAAAGUUCUUAAUAUACUGGACAAUCAGUUACAGAAAGUACCCGAUAAAGAAGAAUUGAAACUUCUAAAAAAAGUCCUCUUCGAUAAAGGUGGUCAAAUUAUAAACAAACUGGAGAAAAUAAAUGAGGAAAAUAAGGAAAUUAACAAAAAUCUGAAAGUCUUGGCAGAAGUUGAAGAAAAACUAUCUACAACCGUCGAAUCUAACGCGACCUUUCGAGAAAAACAAAGCAGUCUGGAAGCCCUUAUAGAAAUCGUUAAACAAAUUGAUACAAGGAAUAGCGAAGUGGUGUUACAGAUUACCGGGUUUGUUAAUAGAAUAGAAGGAUGUUUGGUUGUGGAGUCCAUGACUUUUUUGAGAAGCUUGAAGAAAACUCUCGAUAAUUACAAGUUGUACGUCCGACAGUUUCCGUAUCCAAAAAGCGUUCAUUUAUAUGAAGUCAAAACUGCAGAAAUUCUGUCUUUGAAAGAACAUUUAUGCAAUCUACCAAGUGGAUACCGCUGUAUUGAUAAGCAAGUCUCAUUUCUCUUUCAACAAAUUGACGAAGUUUUGGGGAUUCUAGACACAAAAGUUAAGGAUAACGAAGAGCUACUUUUCUUAUUGCAGAGUUUAGAUUACAUCGCGAACGAAAUUCACCAGCAAAACCAAAGUCGUUCUUCAGGAGUGACAAAACUUGCGGCGUUCAAUAAUUUUCGUAAAAGACUAAAUUCUGUUGACGGUGGUACUUACAGAGUAUCCAAUAAAAAGAUGCAAAUUCUGUGUGGACUGCAUGUUUUUGAAGAAAAUAUUUAUAUGGAGGACUAUCCGAGAGAUGUGCAAAAUGUGAAAAAGUUAUUAAACGAAUUCGAAAAAUGCGUACAACAAUUGACACACUCGAUUUCUAUCGAAGAAUACGAUCUGAAGAGAAGAGACAUUGGGAAAUUGUGGGAAAAUGCGAAAGUGGUUAUGCGUGAAAAAUACGUAAGCUAUGAUUUCUCAAAUGUUUUUAAUGAGAAUUUUGAUUUAGUUUUGAAAUUUCUGAAGAAAGCAAGCAAGGAAGCGCAAGACAUUAAGGACAUAAUUGAACGUUUGGAACUUAUAAAAAAUGCAAUUCUUGCGAUUUACAAUAAAGAUCUUCCUACUACAAAGAAACUGGAACUACUUGCGGAAAAAGAAGGAAUAAUUAAAGUACUUCGAGAAACUUCCCCACGGGAAGUAGACAUUUGUACUUCUUUAGAGAAUAUUGAAAAAAUGAUUGCGUUAGAAACAUCUAGACUACAAUUGCCCCAUUGUCAUAAACUUCUGGCCAAAUUUGUACAAGAUAUGUCACACCCGAUGACUACAGAUUUUUUUAAGCAGGAGUUGAAUAAAAUAUUGCACCUAAAUGAACGCAUGGAAAAUAUGCCUGAAGAUAAUGCCGAGUUGGAUUCGUUGAAACGGUCCUUUGCAAAGGAAGUUUUCGAUAGUUUGAAGAAAUUAGAUGAAUUUCUUGCUAAUUUAUUAGUUAAAAGUAGAAAACAAUCUGAAAAUAUUUUGGACUUACAAAGUCACUUCAACGAUUUCAAUUUAGAUACGAACAUUAAAAGAGAAAGUGUUGAAUUUAUACAAAGGAUUCAUCAAAGAGCUGCAUCUUUUGAAAGUGCUGUUAAAUGUUAUUUGGGAACCAAUUAUUCGGUGGAUUACUAUGUGAUUCAUGAGAAUUUGAUGCGGUUAUUGGAAGAGCUUGAUAGAGUGAGCUGUGAAGAUGCUAUUUUAAUUAACCGAAUUGUGGACACGGUAGGAUACAUUAAAAAUUUAAUUGAGGAGUUAGAGUCAAAUGCUUCUAUUGAAUAAUUAUUUAGAAUAUAAAUUGAUUUUUUUUGUAUGUCUUUUACACUUUUGUUAUUAUUACCAAAUUUAAAAUGUAGGAGUUCAAUUCUUUGCAGAACUUGGACAUAGUAGAAUAACUUAAAUAUAAAAUGUUUUGUUUUAUAGAUUUACGUACUUUUUUUUUAAAUAAAGCUUUGUAUUUCAGUAA